AUGAAUUUUUCAACUUGUAAAUAUCCUUCUGAAAAGUCCACCAGAAACGACUCCAUACAUCACAUGAGCCACUCUAAGAUGCGACCAGAGUUGCCGCCUCUGCCUCCAUCUGCCAAUGAAGAACCGUCUGACCUCUACAAGACAGUCAUGUCACACAGCUUUUAUCCUCCCUUGAUGCAAAGGACGUCAUGGACUAAGGCUGUACCAUUCAAGGACCAAAUUCACUAUCGUGGUCCCAGUGAUUCCAUUGCUAACAACUAUUCCAUGAUGGCUCGAGACCUGAAAUUGAGGGACCUGCUGAAGAUCUACCAGCCUGUUACAAUCAUCACCCCAUUUGGAAUGGGGUGUCGGAAAGCAAAAAUGGAUUUAGCCACAGGAAUAGAUAUUUCUGAUUUCCCUGGGAGCCGGCCAAUGAGUCCAGAAGAACAGAUUGAUGUGAUGAUCCAAGAAGAAAAGGAAAUGGCUAAAAAAGAACCUGAACCCUCAAAGUUAGACUUGGAGAGAUAUUAUUAUUAUGUGACUCAUGGGAUUCGGAAAGACAUGAUUGCCCAACAGGAUGAGAAUAUACUUGAACGAAUUCUAAAACUUAUUCCAUCGCACUUGAUAAAGAGUCCCAACCUGGAGCCCUUAUUAAGAAAUCUUGUGGAGGAGAAUGAACAAGACUACUACCACAGUCUCAUGAAGGAUAUUGUUGAUUAUAUUCUGAUGGAUCCACUGGAGAAAGAAAGACUCUUUAUUGCCAGCAUCCCCCACGUGUUUCCUCAAAGAAUAAUUCGAGCACCAGUGCCAUGGAACAAAGAAUAUAAGGCUGCGAAGAUGUGGAAUGAAGAGCAUCUCUUUAUAGUGAAUCCCAUGAUGCUGAUCCUGAAUGAGUUGUGGUUUUCAGAAUUUUGUAACAUCAGGUUUGUUCGAACAGCAGAAUUGCUUGCAGGACCAUUGCCACUAUUACCCAAUGAGUUUUUCAAAGUCAUUAAACAGCACUGCAUUGAAGCUCGUCAAGUUCUUCUUGACAGGUGGAUUCCCACCUGUGCCCAGCAUUUUAUCUCACAGAAGGAUCAUUGGCUUCGUUUUGCUCCCAAGAGUGACUUUGAAUCCUCUCGAAUUAUUGAGGAGUAUUUUGCUUCAGUGGCUUCCUUCAUGUCCCUGCAGCUCCGGGAGUUAGUGAUUAAUUCACUGAAGGAUCUUGUCGAGUUUUUUAUGAUUCACAAGGAUGGGAAUGAUUUUGAUCCUCCUUAUCAAGAGAUGGAGUUUUUCAUCCCUCAGGUAAUCCUCAUAAAACUCAAAGUGGAAGAACCAAUGAUUAUCUUUGAUCCACCUUUUAAGGAAUGCUGGGAUUUAAUCUACAGCUGCUUCAUGGAAAUCAUUAAGAACUCUGAAAAUAUUCCUAAGGUAGAAGUAAACCUUUUCCCAGAGCUCCAAGGAGAUAAUCUGACUCUUGGGACUGUCUGCUCAGAUGAAAUGUUAGUUUCUGACUUUGUGAAGCAAACAGAAGAGGUUUUUGAAAAAAACCAAGUAGGCCCCAGAAAAUAUUUAGAUGUAUACCAAAAAUACAGCAAUCUGUUGGACGGCACUGCAAAACAAGAUGUCACAUCUUUUCUCUCAAAAGUCCAUGACCUUGAUGAUUUCGUGGAGUACAUUGACAGGAUGAAGAAAUUGAAAGGAGAAAUUGCAUCCAUGCACAUCACAGUACCUUUGGCCCUGUUUUGCCUUGAUGCUUUGGCACUAAAUGAGAAUCUCUGUGAUCGGACCAAAGCGCUUAAACAACAGCUGAUUCAAUUCCAAGUUGAUGAAAAUCGAGAGCAGAAUACCAACCUCUGCAACCAGUACAGCAUGAUAGCAGACAAAGUCAGCGAGAUCCCUGCCAACACCGAGGACCUGGUGUUUCUCACGGCAUUCUUAAAGAAGGCCAGUGACGUCACUGUGUUCAAUCUCAGGAGGCAGAUCUCCGAUGCUGCUUGGAGGCUGGAGUUCCUAAUGAACUAUGCUGAUCUUCCCACUGAGGAUAUAAAGUUGAACAGUACCUUGUUCCUCUGGCCUGAUCAGAUCGAGGAAAUCUUUGAAAACAGCCGAACUUUGCUAUUCACCAAGAGGGAACAGGCAGAGAUGAACCUAAUUAAAAGGUGUGCCGAAUUUGAGGGGAGACUUGAGAAUUACUUCAAGGAAGUGGAGAGCUUUAGAAAGAAAGAAGUGGUAAACAUGGAGGAAAUGAAGAACAAUGUUGAAAAACUUAAUGAUUUGACUAAAAACCUGGAAACAGCACUAGUGGAAUUUGAGGCAAUCAACAGAGAGGAGGAGCUGUUAGAAAAGGAGAAGAGUAAGUUCCCCAUUCUGCAGGUGGUGAUGACCAACAAAGUGCCUUUUGAGCAGCUCUGGAUGACAGCUUACAACUUCUUCACCAAAUCAGAAGAGUGGAUGAAUGGGCCUCUGUACACACUAAAUGCUGAAGAAAUCACCGAAGAAGUGGGCAACAUGUGGAGGACAAUGUACAAACUGACCAAGACUUUGAGUGACCUUCCUGGACCCAAGCGUGUAGCCGAAAAUGUCAAAUUCAAGAUUGACAAAUUCAAGAUGCAUCUCCCUAUCCUGGCUAUCGCCUGCAAUAAAGGGAUAAAGGACAGGCACUGGAAGCAGAUCAGUGAAAUAGUGGGGACUGAAAUACAGCCAGAUGAAACAACUUGUCUUUUAAACAUGCUGGAAUUUGGAAUGAGCAAGUUUAUUGAUAAACUUGAACCUAUUAGUGCAGCAGCCAGUAAAGAAUAUUCCCUGGAGAAAAACAUGGAUAAAAUGAAAUCCGAGUGGGCCAACAUGGUUUUUAACUUUUCGAAAUACAGGGACACGGACAUGAAUAUCCUGUGUUCAAUUGAUGACAUUCAGCUAAUACUUGAUGAUCAUGUGAUAAAGACACAGACCAUGUGUGGGUCACCUUUCAUCAAACCCAUAGAAACUGAAGCUCAGAAAUGGGAAGAGAAACUGAUCCAAAUGCAGGGCAUUUUAGAUGCCUGGUUGAAGUGCCAGGCCACGUGGUUGUACCUGGAGCCUAUUUUCAGUUCUGAGGACAUCGUAGCACAAAUGCCAGAAGAGGGAAGGAAAUUUGGAAUUGUCGAUCGUUAUUGGAAGGGCAUUAUGAUCCAGGCGGUGAAAGAUGCCAGAGUGCUUGUAGCCACAGAACAGCCACAGAUGUUGGAUAAACUCAGAGAAGCCAACCUUCUGUUGGAAGACAUCCAGAAGGGAUUGAAUGAUUAUUUGGAGAAGAAAAGAUUGUUUUUCUCCAGAUUCUUUUUCCUAUCAAAUGAUGAGCUGCUAGAGAUCUUGUCAGAAACAAAGGAUCCCCUCCGAGUCCAGCCACAUUUAAAGAAGUGCUUUGAGGGAAUUGCAAGACUUCAAUUUAAUGAAGAACUGGAAAUUUUGGGCAUGAUCAGCUCAGAGAAGGAAAUAGUUCCUUUCGUUGACAAAAUCUACCCAGUUCAAGCCAAGGGCAUGGUCGAGAAAUGGCUUCUUCAGGUGGAACAGACAAUGCUCGCCAGUAUCCGACAUGUGCUUAAAAAAGGGAUUGAUGCUUAUGCCAAGGUUCCUCGAAAGCAGUGGGUUCUAGAGUGGCCUGGGCAAGUUGUAAUCUGUGUCUCAUCUAUCUACUGGACAUCAGAGGUUGCUGAAUGUAUUGUAAAUGAUACGUUACUGGUAUUUCUGGAAAAAAAUAACACGCAGAUUGCAGAGAUUGUUGAGCUGGUUCGGGGUAAAUUAAGCAGUGGAGCUCGGCUGACCCUGGGAGCCCUCACAGUCAUUGAUGUCCACGCUCGUGAUGUGGUUGCUAAAUUAGCCAAAGACAAAGUCAGAGAUCUGAAUGACUUCCAGUGGAUCUCCCAGCUUCGCUAUACUUGGGAAAAUGGGGAUGUGAUUGUGAGAAUGAUCACUACAGAAGCUUUGUAUGGCUAUGAAUACCUGGGGAACUCCCUACGGCUGGUGAUUACCCCCCUCACUGACCGAUGUUACAGGACUUUAAUGGGAGCUUUGAAAUUGAAUCUUGGGGGUGCCCCAGAGGGCCCUGCUGGCACAGGCAAAACAGAAACUACAAAAGAUCUGGCUAAGGCCUUGGCUAAGCAGUGUGUGGUCUUCAAUUGCUCUGAUGGUCUGGAUUACAAAGCCAUGGGAAAGUUCUUCAAGGGCUUGGCCCAAGCUGGAGCGUGGGCCUGCUUUGAUGAAUUCAACAGGAUUGAGGUGGAGGUGCUGUCUGUGGUGGCCCAGCAGAUCCUCAGCAUUCAACAGGCUAUCAUCCGAAAGCUGAAGACUUUCAUAUUUGAAGGCACUGAGAUCUCUCUGAAUCCAACCUGUGCUGUCUUCAUUACCAUGAAUCCUGGUUAUGCAGGUCGGGCAGAGCUUCCUGAUAACCUCAAGGCCUUGUUCCGAACAGUUGCCAUGAUGGUACCUGAUUAUGCAUUAAUUGGGGAAAUCUCCCUAUAUUCCAUGGGGUUUCUGGACUCCCGUAGUCUUGCCCAGAAAAUCGUUGCUACCUACCGUUUAUGCUCUGAGCAGCUAUCAUCUCAGCAUCACUAUGACUAUGGGAUGCGGGCAGUGAAGUCUGUCCUCACUGCCGCUGGGAACCUGAAGCUGAAAUAUCCAGCAGAAGAUGAGAGUGUCCUGUUGCUCCGGGCCUUAUUGGAUGUCAACUUGGCCAAAUUCUUGGCCCAAGAUGUGCCUCUGUUUCAGGGGAUCAUAUCGGAUUUGUUCCCAGGAGUCAUUCUUCCUAAGCCAGACUAUGAGCUUUUCAUUGAAGCACUAAAUGAAAACAUCAAAAAGAUGAAACUGCAAUCAGUACCAUGGUUUAUCGGAAAGAUUAUCCAGAUUUAUGAGAUGAUGCUGGUGAGGCACGGUUACAUGAUUGUUGGAGACCCCUUGGGUGGGAAGACCUGUGCUUACAAAGUCCUGGCUGCAGCUCUGGGUGAUAUGCAUGCAGCCAAUCAAGGAGAUGAGUUUGCUGUUGAGUACAAAAUCAUCAAUCCUAAAGCCAUCACUAUGGGUCAGCUGUAUGGUUGCUUUGACCCAGUGAGUCAUGAGUGGACUGAUGGGGUCCUCGCCACCUCCUUUCGAGAGCAAGCAGCAUCAGUGACUGAUGACCGGAAGUGGAUUAUAUUUGAUGGCCCAGUGGAUGCCGUUUGGAUUGAAAAUAUGAACACUGUGCUGGAUGACAAUAAGAAGCUGUGUUUAAUGAGUGGAGAGAUCAUCCAGAUGAAUGACAAGAUGAGUCUGAUCUUCGAGCCAGCAGAUUUAGAGCAGGCCUCCCCAGCCACCGUCAGCAGAUGUGGGAUGAUCUACAUGGAACCGCACCAACUGGGCUGGAAGCCCUUGAAGGACUCAUACAUGGAAACACUGCCCCCCAACCUCACUGAAGAGCACACUGAACUGGUUAAUGACAUGUUCUUGUGGCUAGUCCAGCCCUCCUUAGACUUUAUCCAUCACCAUUGUAAAUGUAUGGUCCAGACAUCACCCAUCCAUCUUGCCUACUCCAUGAUGAAGCUAUACAACUGUCUGUUUGAUGAAAUCAGAGACGUGAAUGACCCAGACUAUGAAGGAGAAAACUUGACAAGCCAGCAGAUAUUCCUCUGGCUUCAAGGCCUCUUCCUCUUUUCUCUGGUGUGGACAGUGGCAGGAACUAUCAAUGCGGAGAGCAGAAAGAAAUUUGAUGUUUUUUUCCGCAACCUUCUGAUGGGCACAGAUGACUCCAGCCCUCGUCCCAAAAGCGUCAGAAUCACCAAAAACAACAUAUUCCCAGAAAAAGGGAGCAUCUAUGACUUUUAUUUCCUUAAGCAUGGCAGUGGACAGUGGAAUUUGUGGACAGACUACAUCACCAAGGAAGAGCAGAUAAUCCCAGCUACUGCGAAGGUUUCUGAACUCAUCAUCCCAACCAUGGAAACAGCCCGGCAGUCCUUCUUCCUGAGGGUCUACUUGAACCAUGGGAUUCCCAUGCUCUUUGUGGGUCCUACAGGCACUGGCAAGUCAGCUAUCACAAACAACUUCCUGGUCAACCUGCCCAAGAACUUGUUUUUGCCCAACUUCAUCAAUUUCUCUGCCAGAACCUCAGCCAAUCAGACCCAGGACAUUAUUAUGUCAAAGCUGGAUCGGCGAAGAAAAGGUCUCUUUGGCCCACCCAUGGGGAAAAAAGCUGUGGUAUUUGUGGAUGACCUCAACAUGCCGGCCAAAGAGAUAUAUGGGGCUCAGCCUCCCAUUGAACUCCUGAGGCAGUGGAUCGACCAUGGCCACUGGUAUGACAAGAAGGACACAUCCAGGUUGGACAUAGUGGAUGUACUAUUCGUGUCAGCUAUGGGUCCACCAGGUGGGGGAAGGAACAACAUUACAGGACGAUUCACCCGCCAUCUGAAUAUCAUUUCCAUCAAUGCUUUUGAGGAUGAAAUUUUGAGCAGAAUUUUUAGCUCCAUUGUUGACUGGCACUUUGGGAAAGGGUUUGAUGUACAGUUCUUAAGGUUUGGAAAAAUGUUGAUUCAAGCAACAAUGACUAUUUACAAAGCUGCAGUGGAGAAUUUCCUGCCAACUCCCUCCAAAUCUCAUUAUGUCUUUAAUUUACGAGAUUUUUCACGAGUUAUUCAAGGGGUAUUGCUGUGUCCUCACACCCACUUACAGGAUGGAGAAAAACUGAUUCGACUCUGGAUUCAUGAAGUUUAUCGAGUCUUCUAUGAUCGUUUAAUUGAUCAUGAGGACAGACAGCUGUUCUUUGGGAUGGUAAAGGAGACAACAGCUAACUGCUUCAAACAGACUGUUGAGAAGGUCCUGAUUCAUUUAUCACCCACUGGGAAGAUCGUGGAUGAUAACAUCCGUAGUCUGUUUUUUGGAGACUAUUUAAAGCCUGAGGCUGAUGUAAAAGUCUAUGAUGAGAUUACCGACCUGAAAACUCUCACUUCAGUCAUGGAAUAUUACCUGGAAGAGUUUAAUAACAUCAGCAAGGCCCCAAUGUCAUUGGUCAUGUUCAGAUUUGCCAUCGAGCACAUUUCUCGGAUCUGCCGGGUUCUAAAGCAGGACAAUGGCCAUCUACUGCUAGUGGGCAUUGGGGGGAGCGGGCGACAGAGUGCCUCCAAGUUGUCCACAUUCAUGAAUUCAUAUGAGUUGUACCAGAUUGAGAUCACCAAGAACUACACCAACAAUGACUGGCGGGACGAUAUAAAGAAGAUUAUGCUUCAGGUUGGAGUGACCAGUAAGAGCACAGUAUUCCUGUUUGCUGACAAUCAAAUCAAGGAUGAAUCAUUUGUUGAGGACAUCAAUAUGCUCCUGAACACAGGUGAUGUGCCCAAUAUCUUUCCUGCUGACGAGAAGGCCGACAUUGUGGAAAAGAUGCAAACAGCAGCCAGGACUGAAGGCAGGAAAAUUGAUGCCACACCUCUUGCUAUGUAUACCUUCUUUAUUGAGAGGGUGAAAAAAAAUCUACACAUUGUCCUAGCCAUGAGUCCUAUUGGAGAUGCUUUCCGUAACCGUCUACGAAUGUUCCCUUCUUUGAUCAAUUGCUGUACCAUUGACUGGUUCCAGACUUGGCCAACAGAUGCAUUAGAGAUGGUGGCCAACAAGUUUUUAGAAGAUGUGGAGCUCGAUGAUGACGUUCGAAUACAGGUUGUGUCCAUGUGCAAGUAUUUCCAGGAAAGUGUGAGACAUCUCUCGGUAGAUUUUUUUGGUACACUACGAAGACACAAUUAUGUUACUCCAACAUCUUAUCUUGAAUUGAUUCUGACCUUCAAAACACUACUAAAUAGCAAAAGACAUGAGGUGGAUAUGAUGAGGAACCGUUACCUGGUGGGGCUUCAAAAACUUGACUUUGCAUCAUCACAGGUGGCUGUAAUGCAGGUAGAACUAACUGCCCUUCAACCCGAGUUGAUCAAGACCUCUGAAGAGACUGAGAAGAUGAUGAUAAAAAUUGAAGCAGAGACAGUGGAAGCAGAUGCUAAGAAGCUAAUGGUUCAGGCAGAUGAACAAAAGGCCAAUACUGCUGCUGCCAUUGCACAAGCUAUUAAGGAUGAGUGUGAGGGUGACCUGGCAGAGGUCAUGCCAGCACUGGAGGCUGCCCUUGCUGCAUUGGAUACCCUGAAUGCCUCAGAUAUCACCAUGGUAAAGUCAAUGCAGAACCCUCCUGGCCCUGUCAAACUUGUCAUGGAGAGUAUCUGUGUCAUGAAAGGACUGAGACCAGAGAGGAAACCUGAUCUGAGUGGUAGUGGUAAGAUGAUAGAAGACUACUGGGGUACAUCUAGGAAGGUCCUUGGGGAUCUGAAAUUCUUGGAGAGUUUGAAGACCUAUGAUAAAGAUAAUAUCCCUCCCUUGAUCAUGAAGAGGAUCCGAGAAAGAUUCAUUGACCACCCAGACUUCCAGCCAGCAGUCAUUAAGAAUGUAUCAUCAGCUUGUGAGGGCUUGUGCAAGUGGGUGAGGGCCAUGGAAGUAUAUGAUCGAGUGGCCAAAGUGGUGGCCCCCAAGAGGGAAAGAUUGAAAGUGGCAGAAGGGAAGCUGGAUGAACAGAUGUCAAAGUUAAAUCUAAAACGAGGAGAGUUGAAGCUGGUGGAAGAUCGUCUUCAAGCCUUGAAUGAUGAAUUUGAGGCCAUGAACUUGAAGAAAAAGGCAUUAGAAGACAAUAUUGAACUCUGCUCCCAGAAGUUAGUCCGGGCAGAGAAACUGAUCAGUGGCCUUGGGGGAGAGAAAGACCGAUGGACAGAAGCUGCCCGGCUAUUGGGGAUUCGUUAUACUAACCUAACAGGGGAUGUAUUGCUGUCCUCAGGCACUGUGGCUUAUCUGGGGGCCUUUACAGUAGAUUAUCGCACUGACUGCCAAAAGCAAUGGCUAGAGUAUUGCAAGGCAGGAAAGAUCCCAGGCUCUAAUGACUUCAGUCUUAGUAACACCUUAGGAGAUCCUGUAAAAAUUCAAGCCUGGCAGAUUGCUGGACUACCCAUAGACUCUUUUUCCAUUGAUAAUGGCAUCAUUGUGUCCAAUUCAAGACGAUGGGCUUUAAUGAUUGAUCCACAGGGGCAGGCCAAUAAGUGGGUCAAAAAUAUGGAGAAAUCCAAUAAACUCUCUGUAAUCAAGCUUUCUGAUGAUAACUAUGUGAGGGUACUGGAAAAUGCUAUUCAAUUUGGCACUCCAGUCUUACUAGAAAACAUUGGAGAAGAGCUGGAUGCUUUCAUUGAGCCCAUCUUACUCAAGUCAACAUUCAAACAGCAAGGGGUAGAGUACAUGAGAUUAGGUGAAAAUAUUAUUGAAUACUCGAGAGAUUUUAAACUUUAUAUUACAACCCGUUUGAGAAAUCCCCAUUAUCUCCCUGAAAUAGCUGUGAAAGUCUGUCUCCUCAACUUUAUGAUCACUCCUCUGGGUCUCCAAGAUCAACUUCUUGGUAUUGUUGCUGCCAAGGAAAAGCCAGAGCUAGAAGAGAAGAAGAACCAAUUGAUUAUUGAAAGUGCUGACAACAAGAAGCAGCUGAAAGAGAUAGAAGAUAAGAUCUUAGAGGUCCUCUCCAAGUCUGAAGGCAACAUUUUAGAGGAUGAAACUGCCAUUAAAAUUCUGUCUUCUUCUAAAGUGCUGUCUGAAGAAAUCUCUGAGAAGCAGAAAAUUGCCUCAGUGACAGAAACACAGAUUGAUGAUACAAGGAUGGGCUACAAGCCGGUGGCUGUUCAUUCUUCCACUGUCUUCUUUUGUAUUUCUGACUUGGCUAACAUUGAACCAAUGUACCAAUAUUCUCUGACCUGGUUCAUCAACUUGUAUGUACAGUCCCUGGCCCAUAGCCAGAAGAGUGAGGACUUGGAACAUCGUAUAGGGAACAUCAUUGACCACUUCACAAUAAGUAUUUACAACAACGUCUGUCGUUCCCUGUUUGAGAAGGACAAGCUACUUUUCUCUCUCCUCCUGACUAUUGGGAUCAUGAAAAGGAAAGGUGAAAUUAAUGAUGAAGUCUGGCGCUUUCUUCUGACAGGAGGUGUAGCUCUUAAUAACCCCUAUCCCAAUCCAGCUCCUGAAUGGUUGUCUGAAAAGUCAUGGGCUGAGAUUGUCCGUGCAUCCCAGCUGCCCACUCUUGGAGGUCUGAAAGAGGAUGUGGAAAGCUAUGUUUUGGACUGGAAGGGGAUCUAUGAUUCUGCCAAGCCCCAUGAAGAACCAUUCCCUAGGAACUGGGAAGUUCUUUAUGGAUUAGAUCGUUUGGUGGUUCUCCGAUGUCUGCGACCUGACAAAAUUGUUCCAGCUGCCCAGGACUUCAUUGUUUAUAACAUGGGAAAGACAUACAUUGAACCACCUACAUUUGACCUUCAGGGAUCCUACAAUGAUUCUAACAGCUGUGCUCCAUUGAUUUUUGUGUUGUCUCCAGGUGCUGACCCAAUGGCAGGUCUGCUCAAGUUCGCAGAUGAUCUUGGCAUGGGAGGUAGCAGCAUUCAAACGAUCUCCCUUGGCCAGGGCCAGGGCCCCAUUGCUGCCAAUAUGAUUAACAGAGCCAUCACUGAGGGCACCUGGGUGGUCUUACAGAACUGCCAUCUAGCAACCAGCUGGAUGCCUACUUUGGAGAAGAUAUGUGAGGAAGUGAUUAUUCCUGAGAACACCAAUCCAGCCUUCCGGCUGUGGCUAACCAGUUAUCCAUCAGAGAAGUUUCCCGUCAGCAUCCUCCAGAAUGGAAUCAAAAUGACCAAUGAGCCUCCCAAAGGUGUCCGAGCCAAUCUGUUGCGCUCCUACCUCAAUGACCCUAUCUCAGAUCCCCUCUUCUUCAACAGUUGUGAGAAAGCCAAGAUUUGGCACAAAUUGUUGUUUGGCCUCUGUUUCUUCCAUGCCAUUGUUCAAGAGAGAAGAAACUUUGGACCCCUAGGUUGGAAUAUCCCCUAUGAAUUCAAUGAGUCUGACUUGAGAAUCAGCAUGCGGCAGAUCCAGAUGUUCCUGAAUGAAUAUGAGGAAGUGCCAUUUGAGGCUCUGACCUACCUAACAGGUGAAUGUAAUUACGGUGGCAGAGUGACUGAUGACAAAGACAGACGCCUCCUCCUAUCCCUUCUUUCCAUAUUCUACAAUAAGGAUAUAGAAAUCGACUAUUACAGCUUGGCUCCUGGGGGCAUCUACUUUGUUCCACCGGAUAGUACAUACUUGGCCUACAUUGACUACAUAAGGAGCUUGCCCAUAGCAACCCACCCUGAAGUUUUUGGCCUUCAUGAGAAUGCAGAUAUCACCAAGGACAACCAGGAGACCAAUCUACUGCUUAAUGGAGUAUUAUUGACACUCCCCAGGCAAAGUGGGGGAGCUGGCAAGUCUCCUCAGGAAGUGGUUGAAGAGCUGGCUAAGGAUAUCCUAUCCAAACUUCCUCAGGACUUUAACCUGGAAGUGGUUAUGAACAUGUACCCUGUGGUCUAUGAAGAGUCCAUGAACACUGUCCUGAGGCAAGAGCUCAUUCGAUUUAACAGACUUACAACAGUGGUUCGGAGCAGCUUGAUCAACCUGGGUAAAGCCAUUAAAGGCCAAGUCCUAAUGUCUUCAGAGUUAGAAGAUGUCUUCAGCAGUAUGUUAGUGGGAAAAGUGCCAGGCAUGUGGGCAUCUAAGUCCUACCCAUCACUGAAGCCGCUAGGUGGCUAUGUGGCUGAUCUCCUAGCACGUCUGGCCUUCUUCCAGGAGUGGAUCAAUCACGGAACCCCCAGCGUGUUCUGGAUCUCAGGAUUCUACUUCACACAGUCCUUUUUGACAGGCGUUUCCCAGAAUUUUGCUAGGAAGUACUCCAUUCCCAUUGAUCACAUUGGAUUUCAGUUUGAGGUGAUCUCACAGGAAUUAACAGUAGAAGAGAAGCCAGCAAAUGGGGCCUAUGUCAAAGGCCUUUUCUUGGAAGGAGCUCGGUGGGACAGGAUUGCAAUGCAGAUUGGAGAGUCUUUCCCUAAAAUCCUUUAUGACCCUCUUCCCAUUAUUUGGCUCAAACCAGGGGAAAGUUCCACAUUCCUGCCUCAGAGCAUUUAUCUGUGUCCUGUCUACAAAACAAGUGCCCGGAGAGGCACCCUGUCCACUACAGGCCACUCAACCAACUAUGUUCUUUCCAUUGAGCUCCCUACAUUCCUGCCCCAGAAGCACUGGAUAAACCGUGGAGUGGCAUCACUGUGCCAAUUGGAUGAUUAAAAAAAUAAUCUACUACUUA